AUGGAUGGUAACACAUCUGAUCACAGUUUACCAGCGAGUGACCAUACCGGGGGUACCUGGAUCCAAUGUUGGGAUAAAGACAUUCGUUCUGUUUCCAGAUUAAAUUUAGAUUCAAACAGUGAGCUUAAUGGCUUGGUUGAAGACAAAGAAAUUGCUGCCCGGGCUGUGGCACUGGUUGUCAACAGUUCUCGAAAAGGGAUUGUACCUUUGUGUGCUGAUGUAGCCAAUCUUCUAAGAGCCAAAAAAAGUUUGGAGAAGGACAUCAUACUCUUGAAGCAACAGAACAAUACACUACACUCUUCCUCUGCAAGUAUGCAAACCAGCCAUUCCACGAGUCCAACUCCAACAUCUUUGAAUUCCUAUCAGGAUGUCCCUGCCCACCAUGAUCACAAUUCAAACUGCCAGGAACUAUCUCGCCCCUGCUCACGUUGUAGCCAAUCAUCUAGCACUAUGAGUAACUCUCCCAAAACUGAUAAAUUAUGCGGAAACAAAUUAUCGGGCUAUUCCUUCCAAUCACACACCAAUAAUCACAGUGGUGGAGGGGGUGGCAGUAACAGCAGCAGCAGUCAGGUGGGCAAAUUAUCUGGUGGUUCAUCGUCCCCUCCCAGUCCAACCAUUUUGUCCAAAUGUCUUCUUCCUCGACCUUCUUCUUCAGCUGAAAGUUCCCCAACAUCACAGCACCAUGGCAUCAUCACACAGGCCAUUGUCCACCACCCACCAGACUCUCCUACGCCCCCUCCACUUGAUAUUUUGCGAGAAUCUCCUAACAGUAUCUGUGAUGGUCCUUUAGACAUUCAAAGCCUGGCAGAUUCUUCAUCUUCAGAUAGGCUUCAUGAAAAACCAACAAGUGAUCCUGGCCAUAAAGGCAACCAUUUCUUACCAGAGAUGGUCUCCAAGCCUAUUUCAGCAGUACCAAAAUCCAAUGCAACUGUAUCAAAAGAAAUCCAAUGCAUCUUAUCACCCUCCAUUGAAGGAUUGGAGGAAACAAUGAAAUUGAACCUCAGAUUGGCAGAGAAUCUGGCCGCAGCUCUGAAAGAAAUUGAUUUACUGAAAGGAAGAUUAAAAGAAUUAGAGAUGAACCAACUUGCUCGUCAAUCUACAGAAUACCAUUCAUUCAUUGUCACUCAAAUGUCAGCUGGUGUCCAGCCAUUGCCUCAUGUGUCUUUAAAUUGUCCUGUGGUGUCUUUGCCUGCAGCUUCUGCAGUAUCCACUUCUCCUCCUUCUCCACAGCCAAACUCAAGUCCCGAAUGCACUGACCAGUCAGAAAUGCCAGUUCAGGCAGCUUCACAAACAUCUUCAUCUCACUUACCAUGCCCACAAGAUGGGCGAAACAAUACACUGCAACCACCACCAAUUGUCAAUGGGUCCCGUAAACCAUGUCCAGCUGUUCCAAAGAAGCCUGUACGAAAUCCAUUUGCUUGUCCUCUUCCGUUGUGUAAAUGUGAUUCUUGUGAAGAGGCCUUGACUGACAAACCAAUUCCAUCUGAUCAACAGACCAGAUUUUAUCCAGUCAAUCCUAAUUUGUAUGUGCGGGUAAAUGAUCAUAUAGUUGUUCGUGGUGACCGUACUGGAUACAUUCGUUAUAUUGGUCAUCUUAACAAAAUUGGUCCACCCAAUACUGUUUUUAUUGGCCUGGAACUUGAUGCUCCUGUUGGGGUAAAUAAUGGAUUUUUUAAUGGGAAGCGAUAUUUUGAAUGUCCUAAUGAACAUGGAUUGUUUGUUACAUUUAGUGAUGUUGUUUGCUUGGUGAAGAAGCUCGUUCCAGCCAGAAAACCUAUUCUGUCUAAUGCAACUGCCUCUGAUGAUGAAACACUUGAGCCAGCCUCUAUGACAGAUAGUGCCUCCUCUGACCAAGUGUCCAGCACAGAUAGCCAAAGCACUAGUCCAGAUCCAAUUGUUUGGAAAAAUCAUUACCACAAUACCCCUGACCAAUCAUGUCAUCAACAAGCAAUUUUACGGAAAAGUGUUCAUCUAUGA